AUGAAGACCGCCGCCGUCCUCAUCGCAGCCCUCUCCGCCGCCGCCUCCGUCGAGGCCGGCGUCCACAAGAUGAAGCUCCAGAAACAGCCCGUCGACGCCGACUCCUUCACCCACGGUGCCCACGGCCUCCGCCCGUCCCCCGAGCUCGAAGCGGAAUGGCUCGCCUUCAAGCACCUCGGCCGAGAGUACGUCGACCAGCUGCCCCUUGGCGGUAUGGGCGGUGCUGGCAGAAAGAUCAAGGGCAAAAAGCAGCCCGAGAUGACUGAGGAGGAGAAGGAGAAGUACUGGGCACAGAUGCAGGAUGGCGGUAAUGCGCACAUGCUCAAGGGCGGCCAUGGUGUUCCUUUGUCUGACUACAUGAACGCCCAGUACUUUGCUCCUAUCGAGAUUGGUACUCCCCCUCAGAGCUUCAGGGUCAUUCUCGACACUGGAUCUUCCAACCUCUGGGUCCCUGGAGUCGGGUGCACGAGCAUUGCCUGUUUCCUCCACACCAAGUAUGACAGCUCUCAGUCGUCCACCUACAAGGCCAAUGGCUCUGAAUUCGCCAUCCACUAUGGCUCUGGCUCCCUCGAGGGUUUCGUCUCUCAGGACACCGUCUCUAUCGGCGACCUCGUGAUCAAGAAGCAAGACUUUGCCGAGGCUACCAAGGAGCCCGGACUCGCCUUUGCUUUCGGCAAGUUUGACGGUAUCCUUGGUCUUGGCUACAACACCAUCUCUGUCAACCACAUUGUCCCUCCCUUCUACAGCAUGCUCGACCAGAACUUGCUGGACGAGCCCGUCUUCUCCUUCCGUCUUGGCGACUCUGAGGAGGACGGAGGUGAGGCCAUCUUUGGUGGUGUUGACGAGUCUGCGUACACUGGCAAGCUCCAGUACGUUCCCGUGAGGAGGAAGGGUUACUGGGAGGUCGAGGUCGAGAGCCUCGGCUUUGGCGAUGAGGAGCUCGAGCUUGAGGGUACCGGUGCCGCUAUCGACACUGGAACUUCUCUCAUCGUUCUCCCCACUGACGUUGCCGAGAUGCUCAACAAGGAGAUCGGCGCCGAAAAGUCUUGGAACGGCCAGUACACUGUCGACUGCAACACUGUCGACUCUCUCCCCGAGCUCUCCUUCAAGUUUGGCGGCAAGAACUACAAGCUCCAGGGUGCCGACUAUGUCCUCAAUGCUGGCGGUACUUGCAUCUCUUCUUUCACUGGCAUGGACAUUCCUGCUCCUACCGGCCCUCUCUACAUUAUCGGUGAUGUCUUCCUCAGAAAGUACUACACCGUGUACGACCUCGGCAGGAACGCCGUUGGUUUCGCCGACGCCAAGUAA